GAGGAAGGAGAAGGAGGGGCGGCAGAAGGAAGAAGGAGGGAUUGAAAAGAAGAAAGUAAGGAGCUGGAGUUUUUUUUUCACCCCUCACAUCUGGAUGUGUGUGACUGCUUUCACACAGAAGAACAAGAGUUUGGAUGUAAAAAAGAAGCAGACGAGUCUGGACUAAACAUUAAAAGAAGAGAAGGACACAGAGGAGGAAGAGGAGAAGUUCAUCUAACGGGACAGGAGUGUGUGUCUGUGUGUGUGUGUGUGUGUCAGUCAGUAGCAGGAAUGUUGCCGGUGAUCCUGACAAUUUACCUCAAUGACACGCAGCAGAUGUUAACUGAGGUCCCAGUGACUCCAGCAACCAGAGUGAGAGACGUGGUUGAAUACUGCAAAGAGCCUGGCGAGGGGGAAUGUCACUUAGCAGAAAAAUGGAAUGGACAUGAGCGAGUUCUUCCUCUGGACAUAUUGAUGCUGGAUCUCCUUCAGCAGUGGGGGACCAGGAGGAAUGAGGUCAGCUUCUACCUCAGACACUGCCCCCCCUGGGCACAAGGAAGUCAGCAGCCUUUGGAUGAAAGCUGGACUUUAGGAUCAACAGAGAUCGCUAAUGACAUGGUUCCCCGUGUGGAGCUGACCCUCUCUGAGCUCCAGGAAAUGGCCACAAGACAACAACAACAAAUCGAGACUCAGCAACAGAUGUUGGUCGCCAAGGAGCAGAGACUGAGGUAUCUUCACCAGGGAGGCAGAACUAACCAGGGACAGACACAGUCUGAAUCUGAGAAGCUGCAGCGGCUGAAGGAGCGAGUGGAGACUCAGGAAGCAAAGCUGAAGAAGAUCCGAGCCAUGAGAGGACAAGUGGACUACAGUAAACUGAUCAACGGCAACCUCUCUGCGGAGAUUGACCAUGUUAGCAACCUGUUCCAGGAGAAGCAGGCGGAGCUGCAGUCUGCAGUGUUUAGAGUCGACCAGCUAACUCAACAGUUGGAGGAUUUGAGGAGAGGACACCUCCAUUCUGUUCCACCAGCUCAUGGGGCACCCACCUCUGGCCAGAGAGGAUCCCCUCUGUCUGGCCCUGCAGCUCUGGAGCUGAGGAAACUCUACCAGGAGCUGCAGGCCCGUAAUCGCCAUAACCUGGAGCAGAGCAGCAAAUUGGCCCAGAACAAGGAGCUGCUGAACAAGAGGAAUGGCCAGGUGACAGUGAUGGAUCAGCGUAUUGGUGAACUGAGAGAACGACUGCACAAGAAGAGAGCAGAAUUGAACCAUAUGAACGGAGGUGGUCCCGCCUCCCCUCAAACCUCCUCCCGCCCUAGUGGUGGAGUUCUGGGUCGAGUGGCGGCCGUCUGCCCCUACAUCCAGGUUCCAGCUGAGGAGAGACAAGAGUCAGUGUACCCACUGCCAACUGACCCGUCACCCAAACCCACCCCACUCAGCCACACCCGCUCUCUCUCAGAGGAAGGCAGGAGUGGCGUCAGGAACCCACCCAGCACAUGGAAAGUGUCAGAUUUAGACAUCACUCUGUCAGAGUCCACAGAGACGUGGGAGAGACGUGUGUCUCUUCAGGGGGACGACAGUAACAACACCAAUGAAGCAUCAUGGUCUGACUGGAGGACCAACAGUCCAGAACAGCUUCCCUCCAGUUAUGGUACUUACCCCAGUGCCAUCCACCAGGCUGCAGGUCAUCACUGUGCCACCAGCUCCCUGCCCCGCUCUGCCCCUGGUACCCUGGGCUGGCCUCGGUCCAGCAGCAGCACCAACACGUCACCCUCCUCUUCAUUAUCUUCCUCGUCACAGCAAAUACACCAGCGAAUCGCUGUCCCUCCUAAAUCAAGCCCAGGCUCUGCCAGCAUCUCUCAGUCCUCUCCACGGUCCCCACAAGCAGAGCGCACAGAUCCCCCUCCAGCAGUGGCCGUACGUCCGUACGUCCCUGACCAUCCCUCCAGACCCCAGUCCCCCAGGAAGGGUCCCGCCACUAUGAACAGCAGCUCCAUCUACAGCAUGUACCUUCAGCAGCCUCAGGCUAAAAACUAUGGCUCUCUCAACAACAGGACGACCGUCAAAGCAGUCUAUGGCAAACCCAUCCUCCCCACGUCCUCCGCAUCUCCAUCCCCAGUCCCUUUCCUCCACGGAGGAGGAGGAGGAGGAUUAAAAGCAGGAGAAGAUGUGACAGAUAAAGAAGGUGGAAAAGGAGGAGAGAGCAGCGAUGGGCAAAUCCUGCCUCCACCAAGCGUCGAUAACAUCCCUCGCCCUCUCAGUCCCACAAAACUCACCCCAGUUGCCCACUCCCAGCUACGUUACCAGAGUGAUGUGGACCUGGAGGUUCUGCGCCGGCGCCCCAGUAACGCUCCACGGCCGCUGAAGAAACGCAGCUCAAUCACUGAACCCGAGGGCCCCCAGGGACCAAACAUCCAAAAACUUCUGUACCAGAGGUUCAACACACUGGCAGGAGGCAUGGAAGUAGGCUCAGGCAGCACUUUCUACCAGCCCGACUGCCUUUUAGGCGACAUGGACAACAUCCACUCAGCCAAUGGGAAUGUAGAAAGUGGCGACAAAGAUGUCAGUAUUGCAGCUGUGGAGGGAAAAGUCCAGAACCUGAACUUAGACUCCAGACGUUUGUCGCCUCCUUCUGUUGCCACAGAAACAUCCAAAGAGACAAAAGCAACAGCAGGCACUACUCCCUCCACUCAAACUAGCCCACGUCUUGCAUUGAGGCAAGAAGACCAGAACAAUAACAACAAGAGAGGAUCUAGUCCGGCCCAAAACCCUGCAGGUCACGCCUCUCCAUCACCUGCUGCAGCACCUUCACUGCCUAAGGUGAAGCGAACCAACCUGAAGAAGCCGUCAUCGGAGCGAACAGGCCACGGCCUCAGAGUCAAGUUUAACCCUCUUGCUUUGCUGCUGGAUGCUUCGUUAGAGGGAGAGUUUGAUCUGGUACAGAGAAUUAUCUAUGAGGUGGAAAAUCCCAGUAUGCCUAACGAUGAAGGCAUAACUCCUCUUCAUAAUGCUGUCUGUGCUGGACAUCACCAUACAGUCAAGUUCCUGCUGGACUUCGGAGUGAACGUCAAUGCAGCUGACAGUGACGGAUGGACUCCUCUGCACUGUGCUGCGUCCUGUAACAGCGUCCACCUCUGCAAGAUGCUGGUGGAGUCCGGGGCGGCCAUUUUUGCGACAACAAUUAGCGACGUGGAGACGGCAGCGGACAAAUGUGAAGAGAUGGAGGACGGAUACACACAGUGUUCUCAGUUCCUCUAUGGUGUCCAGGAAAAGUUGGGUGUGAUGAACAAAGGCCUGGUCUACGCUCUGUGGGACUACACAGCUCAGGAGGAUGACGAGCUCUCCUUCAGCGAGGGCAGCGCCCUCACCGUGCUUCGACGACAUGAUGACAGUGAGACAGAGUGGUGGUGGGCGCGACUGAACGACCAGGAGGGCUACGUGCCCAGGAACCUGCUGGGGCUGUAUCCAAGGAUCAAACCCAGACAACGCUCACUGGCAUGAGGCCCAGAUCAGGGGUUACAUGCUCCUCACAGCAGGCGUGUGCAAGAGGAGAGGAAGAGGAGCAGUCGCAGAAUUAGGGCAGAGGCAUUAGAAGGAAGAGGGAAGAGUGGAUGAAGAAGUGACAGAAGAGGGAGGUCAAAGAUUUGCUGAAAAUGUUUUAUGUGGAUGUGACGCUGGAACAACACAAGCCAUGUUGUGGUGGAGUCAUAGCAUGGAGCAUUUUUUGACUAAGUUGCUGCAGACUUAGAGAAAUUGCCCGCAUCUUAUUUUGAGCAACAGUAGCUUGGCACGUUCAGCCGCAUGACAGACGCUGAGUAGAGAAACAAAGAUGUAGCUUUAACAUCUUCUUCAGUUCAUUUAGCUCCCAACGCCACUGACACAUUGAUCUGUGAAUAGCAACAACAAAAACACACGUUAGGACUUUCAUGCAGCCAAGCUUCUCCAAGCAAAUGGGGAUGUGUUUAUUUUCUCAGUGGGCGUCAUGUGACGUGGGAUGGAAGAUUAAUUCCGUGCGAUGUGAUUUGACAAGUUGGAGCAGGGGAAAGUGUGUGUGGCGAGGUGUCAUGUGAAAGUGAGGAGAGAGAACAGGUGAAUGUGUGUGGAAGCAGGUCAGGUUAGGGUCACUGCUGUGGCAGAAGCAGUCGCCAGGAACGACGUUGAGAAUGCAGUGAUGAGGCUGAUCAAGGCAAGCAACUGAACAAUGGCUGCUGAGAUUGACAUCAACUUCACAAACAGUGUUUACCAUGAUAUACUACAGCAUGGGUUUUUUUGGGUUAAAAAAAAAGGUCAUGUCAGAUAAAUGAUGUAGUUCUGUUUUUGCAAACUGAUGUAAAAAAGCAUCUGUCAGACAUUACCGCUGACUCAGCCUUUGUGUAUUUUGCAUUUGUCUUGACUCAGCACUGGUGAGCACUGGCAUAUCAACAUCUGUUCACAUGUGAAAUGGCUGCUGCUGGAAAAACAGGGAAGGAAGGAAAAGGAAGAAUGUGUAGGAAAUGCAAAUGUUGUUUGAAAGCCCAAACUGUUUUUACGAAACAAAUUGUUCAGGAGUUGAAUGGACAGUUUUUCUCUUGGUAUGAUAAAGUUUGCCAGUAUUUAUACAUUUUCAACCAAAACGUAGAGCCACAUUCACACUUCAAACUAACAGCCAGCUCAAUGUUUAAGAAUCCAGUCAUGCCUGCUGUUAAAAUGACUCAUCAAAGCUCCGUUAGAUAAUUUUUUCUGCGUUCUCUUAACUCUGAAUGUCUUUUUUUAAAAAAAUGUAUCAAAAUGAAUUAUACUGGACUAACUAUGUUCAAAUCACAACUAACCUAAAGUGAAUGAAGACUCUCUCCAAGUGUCACCUGAUUUUAUUUUUUAUUUCUUUCCUAUUUCCAUGUUUCAGAAGUUGUAUUAAAUGUAUUUUUUUUGUUUUAUCUCAAGCAAUACAUUGUUUUUAUAUUAUUAUAUUAUUAUUAUUAUUAUUAUUUUUAGGACACACUUGUUUCUUCGUGUCAGAGCUGGCACCUCUCACUGCUGCCACCUAGUGUACAUUGACAUUUUUGACACAAAAUAAAGCAUCACUUUCUGUUGACACAUGCCGUGUAAAAUAUGAAGCAAUAAAUUGAAGUGAAGUUUGA